UUAGAGAUUGUGAAUAGUCAAACCGAAAAAUAAAAUUUAGUUAGAAAAAGUAAUAAAUAAUAUUCUCUGUUCGGGAGUAUUCUUCUCGUUUUGAUUAAUCACACUUACAUAGAAGUUGGAAAAUACCAAGCUUCCAAGAAUGCCCUUUAAAUAUUUCGAAUUUCUUUUCCUAUUCAAAAAGCGUUAAAAAGUAGGUGGAUAAUAAAGUGGAAGGUAUGGAAUUGCGCAAACAUGCGUUUUCCGGGCAGUUUCCCGGCCAGUUAUCGCCGAGAAGGAAGUUUUCCGGUUGCUGUUGGCUGUGGGCGGCGGCUACAUUCUUCUUGCUCGGCGUUGUUCUUCUCAACUUCUCAUUCAAAACUCCGUUCUCGAAUCCGGUGCUUCAGGGCCUGAACAAUGCCGCCGCCGGAGAAAAUCUGCAGGAGUUCUCCGGCGAGGAGAAAGAAGGGAUGUCGAAGAAAACCCGGGAGCCAAACCCGCCGGAGAACGGUAAAAAUCAGAACUUUACCGUUCUUGAGAGAAUUGGUGUCAGGGGCUCUUCUGGGAAGGGCAAAACUGGAAACUUUUCAUCCCAAGAAGGGGUAAAAAACAGUAGUAAUCAGAGCAAAGGUUCAGUUUUGAGAAAAGGAAGGAGCUUUGUUGGAGAUUGUGACAUCUAUGAUGGUGAAUGGGUGAGAGAUGAGACAAAGCUUUAUUACCCAUCUGGUUCAUGCCCUUACAUUGAUGAAGAUUUUGACUGUCAUCUCAACAAGAGACCUGAUGAAGGGUAUCUCAAAUGGAGAUGGCAACCAUUUGCAUGUGACAUCCCAAGCAUCAACAGCACUGAUUUUUUGGAGAGAUUGAGAGGCCAGAAGUUGGUAUUCGUGGGUGAUUCGUUGAACAGAAACAUGUGGGAAUCUCUUGUUUGCAUUCUGCGUCAAGGUGUCCGCGACAAGAGGAGGGUUUUUGAGAUUUCGGGUCGGAGUGACUUCAAGAAGAAAGGGGUUUAUGCAUUCAGAUUUGAGGAUUUUAACUGCUCUGUGGACUUUGUUAGCUCUCCGUUUCUUGUGAGGGAAUCGACAUUCAAAGGAGCGAGUGGUUCUUUUGAGACUUUGAGGUUGGACUUGAUGGACACAACUACUUCAAUGUAUGGUGAUGCAGAUAUCAUAAUCUUCAACACUGGUCAUUGGUGGACUCAUGAGAAAACCUCUAGAGGGGAAGACUACUAUCAAGAGGGCAAUCAAGUGCACCCCCAACUCAAGGUUCUUGAAGCAUAUAAGAGAGCACUUCAUACUUGGGCAAGAUGGGUGGAUGAGAACAUUGAUGCCAGCCGAACUCAAGUGUUCUUCAGAGGAUAUUCGCUCACGCAUUUCAGAGGUGGCCCGUGGAAUUCGGGCGGGCAAUGCGACAACGAAACCGAACCGUUUUCGAGCAAAGAGCAUUUGGAGAAGUACCCAUCAAAGAUGGAAGUGCUUGAGGAAGUACUCCAUGGCAUGAAAACACCAGUGGGAUACAUGAACAUCAGCACCCUCACAGACUACCGGAAAGACGGGCACCCCUCCAUUUAUAGGUCAGCCAAGAACAACCAGAGCUCUCUGCAUGCUCAAGACUGCAGCCACUGGUGCCUGCCCGGAGUGCCCGACACGUGGAACGAGUUGCUGUACGCGUCCCUCUUGAAGAGCGCAAGGGGAUUGUGGCGGCGAAACUCCGGAAACCGGAGUUUUGGGUCAUGAUUGUUGAUCAUCUCUAGCUCUUCUUCACUUCUCUUGAUCAUUGUAUGUAUGAGUUUGUGUGCAUUGGUUUUGGGAAGAAUGAGGAGGUAAAAAGGCAGUCUUUAGUAUGUACACUAGUUUUGUUUAUGAAGCUGUAUACACACUUUUUUUUGAUGUUCAUUUGUUAAUCAACCAUCACCCCAAGAUGGUUUGUGGUGAUCAUGUAAAUCCAAACACUGGCCGGAGUCGGAUUUUAAGCGCGUAAAACAUCAAAAAAGACCCUUGAUUUAU